CAGGAAACCAGUCAAAUGGCGGCUCUCAAAACCGCCAGAGUUCAGCUUAACAACCUCUAUGGAUAUGGUGGCUGGAGGUCUUGGUUUGCAUCAAGACCAAUGGUCGGUAAUGUUCAGGGAAUGUUGGGCUACGUUUAUUGUACACGAAGGAUAUAUCCCGGAAUGGUCUUCAACACCACCUUUAAGACGGACUCCUAUUUCUCAAAGACGCUACGGAAGUACAGAUUUGAACAUGUUUUCUCACGAGAUUUCAGAGCUAUUAAAAAUAAAAGCAAUUCAAGAGAUGGAUCCAGAGGAGCCGUGUUUUGUCUCAAAUCUUUUCAUGGUUCCCAAGAAAGGUGGGAGUUUACGCCCUGUUAUCGAUCUAAGAAAAUUAAAUACAUAUGUCAAGUAUUCGCAUUUCAAGAUGGAAGGGAUAGACCUUGUAAAAUCACUAGUGCGACGCGAAGAUUUUAUGGUUUCAAUCGAUCUCAACCAAGCCUUUUAUCACGUUCCUGUGUUGACUGGAUUAAGAAAGUUCUUUACCUUCGAUUUCAUGGGAAAACGAUAUUGUUUCAACUGUUUACCCUUUGGGUUUACAGCCAGUCCAAGGAUAUUUACAAAAAUUCUGCGACCGAUAAUAAAGUUAGCAUGAAGCAAAGGGAUCCGAGUAGUGGCAUACUUGGACAAUAUUCUGAUAAUUGCGUCAACCAAGGAACAGGCUCUGGCACACGCACAAUUCAUGAUUUCCUCUCUUCAAAGUCUGGGCUUCACCAUAAACGAGGAAAAAUCUUCUUUAAUACCUUCUCAAGUAGUCGAUUAUCUAGGAUUUCGGAUAGAUUCCAAGUCCAUGAUGAUAAAACUACCGAAACACAAGAUCAAAGAUUUAAUACAAGAAUGCAAAAAGACAAGCCAAAAGCCAGUAAUUCCGACAAUUCUAUACACCGACGCUUCAACUUCCGGAUGGGGCGUGUCCCGGGAGGAUUAUGUAAUACAUGGAAGAUGGCUAAGAAUGGAACAGCAUCUUCACAUCAACAUUCUCGAGUUAAAAGCGAUCUUGUUCGCUCUUCUAGCCUUCAAAGAUUUAAAGGACCAACUGAUUAUGAUACGCACAGACAAUACAACAUGCGUUGCUUACAUAAAUCAUCAGGGAGGAACAACUUCUACUUUACUGUCAAAGAUAGCGGAAGAGCUAUGGACAGUUUGUCUGGAACGGAAUGUUCACUUAAAAGCAGAACACAUCCCAGGAAUUCAGAAUUCAAUGGCGGAUCGAGCUUCUCGAAUGAAGAUAGACAGAUACGAUUGGAAGUUGAAAACCAAUUGGUUCAGGAUGUUCAAUCGAAUUUGGGGACCACAUCAUAUAGACCUCUUUGCAAAU